AUGGCAGACGUCAAGACUGUACAUGUCCCUCAUUUGGGCGGAACUGAUGCUGGCUAUCAGAUGCCUUAUCCAUAUGAUCCAUCGAAACCCACCUUGAUCCUUGUGAACUCCUUUACCACAAGCUCUGAGCUGUAUCAGGGUCAAUAUGGAAACAAGGCUCUUACCGACAAGAUGAACCUUCUUGCGAUCGAACUACUCGGCCAUGGAAAGACCCGAACCAAGUCCGAGCAGUUCACAUACUGGGAUACCGCGAUAAUGAACCUACAGGUGAUGGAAGCCCUUGGUAUCAAGAAGGCUUUCGUGCUGGGCACCAGCCAGGGAGGAUGGAUCACAGCACGCAUGGCAUUGCUGGCCCCAGACCGGAUCGAAGGCAUCAUCCCGCUGGGGACAUCGAUGGACCGCGAAUCCGAACGAACCCGCAAACUCGGUUGCUGGGACGGUGUAGCAGCUUGUGCUGGGCCGAUCAAAACAUGGACGUCGAACCAGGCCACACCAGAUUUCCAACCAGACCUGGAAUACUGCAAUUUCCUCAUUGACAUCGGCUUCGGCAAAAACUGCGGCCAGGAAGUCCGCGAUUUCUGGGUCAAGACCAUCCAGGCCAACUACAAAGGCGAUGAUGGACGCCGCCGCGCCCGCGUCGCUGCUAUAAAUCUUGCGGAGCGCGAUGGGCUCCACGGGCGCUUGUUUGAUGUCCGAUGCCCGGUUCUGUGGUUGCACGGGACGGCCGAUGCCGUGUAUAGCGUCGCCAAUGCGGAGGAGGAGAUUAAGAUGUUUGUUAACUCGAAGUCGGCGGAACUGCGUACUGUGCCGGACGGCGCGCACUUUCUGAGUGCUUCGCAUCCAAAGGAGGUUGAUGGGGCGUUGAUCGAUUCCUGCCCCGCCCCCACCGCCUCCACUCUAGGCAGCCACAUCCUCCAGCGGCUUUCCAGCUGUAGUACGAGGACAGCUACUACUCUGUACGAAGUACAGCUGCCCAUAUCUCACCAUGCGGACAACAACCAGCAACCAACAGCUGCAAAAAUCUCUCUAUACCUUACCUACGAAUCCCUUCAUUCCGCGCCGCGAUUCCACAAGCACCACGACCACGACCACGCAAGCAAUGGGGAUGUCGCCAAUUCCCACGGCACUCCCAAGCCAAACCGCUUCACCAUGAGCUCGCACCACGAGAAGAAACCUCGUCCCCUCCAUCACCGCCCCGCCGCCGGCCCCCCCGCGGCCUCCUCGAAAUCCCCAAUCGCUGCACCACCGCGAGCGGCGCUCUCUGGCCCAGCACGGGCGAAAUCCGAUCACGCAGGGGAAGAAAAGGGAUCUCUCAAGAGCAGCAAUGAUGCCCCCAAUGGCCCUUCCCCGUCAGGGGUCUCCGUGAUGGAGAACAGCCCCUCCACGGCAUCAGCCUCAUCCGCCGCCACAGCCGCAAUGGGGUCAUCAAAAUUCUCCCCUUCCCGCUCAGCGGACGACAAGAAGAAGAUCUCGGAGCUGGAAGCAGAACUGACAACCAUGACUUCGGAAUUCUCCUCGGAACUCGAAACCCUCUCCUACAAACUAUCCAACGCUCACGAAUCCAGCCUCUUCUGGCAGCAGAAACACUCGUCCCUAAACCAGACGUUCCUCAAAACCGAUACUGAUCUGCGGCUCCUCCGCGCCGAGCUCUCGUCGCUAAAGCAGACCCAGGAGGAUAGGGAUAAGGAUAUUGCGGCGCAGAUGAGGGGCUUGAUGCUGGACCGGGAUGCGUGGAGGGAUGCGUAUAAUGAGGCUAUGAAGGAGGUGAGGGCAAGGGAGGAGGUGGUGGGCGUGCUGAGGGGCCAGGUUAGGGGGCUGAAGAGCUGGGUUAGUGCGAGUAGUAGGGGCGGCGAGGAGCAGGUUAGUGAUGAGGUUGUGGCAGAGCGCUGGACGAGGUUGGGCAAUGGGUUGCAGAAUUGGGUUAUUAUACAUUUUAGACGCGUGAGGAUUGACGUUGACAAGGCGGACGAUGACACAAAAGAACAACUGCUGCGGUUGGUACCCACAUAUAAGUCUUUCGCAGCAACCUCCAAGAUACACUUCAUCCAAUCACUCGUCUCCCGAAUCCUCGUCGAAUCGAUAUUCCAAGUAUAUUUUGUUGGAAUAUCACAAGAACAUGCUGGCGAGCUCGAAAAGGUUGAGAAGUACUUGGGUCGGUUCGGGCCCGAAGAAAGCAUAAACCAAUGGCGUUCCACUACCCUCACCAUCCUCCGCAAAGAGGCGCCCCUAAAGCUGCAGGCAGCAACAGCACCCAUCGUAGAUUCAGCCGUUGAUCAAAUUAGCAACAUCAUGAUAGCCAUUAGUGAUAUGCAACCCUCGGAAACAAGGGACCAAUCACUUAUUAGUCUCAUUCACAGUUCUGUUGAGCUCUCGAGACUUCUGAGAGCGCAGAAAGCGGCCUUCACUGUAACGAUGCCCGUGAUUGAGGAUCAUCAAGAGACUAUGUUCGAUCCUGACAGCAUGGAGGAUAUUGGAGGCGAGGAUGAGGAUACCUUGAGUGAGAGGGAGAUUUGCUGUGUGACGUUCCCCGGAAUCAUCAAGGCCGGGGAUGAGAACGGAGAAAGGGGACACUUGAAAAACGUCGUUGCAAAAACAAGAGUGCUAUGCGCACCUGACUGA